AAAAGAAACAGGAGGGUAGGAGAUCCCCGUCGAAGCAAACCGGACACACGCCUAUAUCCCCUUCACACCUCAAACUCAUCACAAUUGUCCACUCCUUUUCUUGCUAGUUCUUAGUUUAUUACUAUCAUUUUAAGUCCCAAUUUUGUGUAAUGGGCAUGAAGAUUUUGUAAGGAAAACAGUUUCUGAAGUGGCAAAAUGCAAAUUCUGACUAUACAAACACCUCAAAUUUUAAUUGCAACAAGAAAAGGGAACAAGAAAAGGCUUCCACCCUUUUUCGUGUUGAGCAAUUCAUUUCCCUUUUGCUCUUUGGUGCCAAGAAGAUGUAUUACAUCAUCUUCAUGUUCAUUGCAAUGUAGAGAGUCGCAAUGGAUGCAAGCGGGGCGCAGAGCUAUCAAAACAAAUGCGUUGAAUGUUGGUACAGGAUCUGGCGACUCUGAAGGGAGACAGGAAAAUGACAACAAAAAUUUCUCUGUCAGUGGAACACCUGGUGAUAUUUCGUCUCAAAGUGAGAAGUCUCCUAAUCAGAUUCUGUAUCUCCUCUCUAUAGCUCUUGUGCUAUGUGGAUGUGCUUUAGUAUUUUCGCUGAUUACUUUCAUGAAAGGACCUUCAACACUCUUAGCAGCAAUUGCAAAGUCAGGCUUCACGGCUGCAUUCUCCUUGAUAUUUGUUUCCGAGAUUGGGGACAAGACAUUUUUCAUUGCUGCAUUGUUGGCCAUGCAAUAUGAGAAACUACUGGUCCUUCUGGGAUCAAUGGGGGCACUAUCACUAAUGACUGUCCUGUCUGUCAUUAUUGGACGAAUAUUUCAUUCAGUACCUGCUCAAUUUCAAACAACCUUGCCAAUUGGAGAAUAUGCUGCUAUAGCCCUUCUGAUGUUCUUUGGCCUCAGAUCAAUUAAAGAUGCAUGGGACCUUCCAUCCACUGUAGCUAAAACUGGUGACCAAGGUAGCGGUGAAUUUGUUGAAGCUGAGGAGCUUGUGAAAGAAAAUGUAUCAAAACGACUCUCAAAUCCACUUGAAAUUGUGUCGAAGUCAUUCAGCCUUGUAUUCUUCGCUGAAUGGGGAGAUCGUUCAAUGCUUGCAACGAUUGCUCUAGGCGCAGCACAGUCUCCAUGGGGAGUCGCAAGUGGAGCCAUCGUUGGACACCUGCUUGCUACAUCUUUUGCGAUUCUUGGAGGCGCAUUUCUUGCUAAUUACAUUUCUGAAAAACUGGUUGGAUACUUGGGAGGAGCUUUAUUUUUAGGAUUUGCUGUUGCCACAUUUUUUGGAGUCUUUUAGCCGAUUGUUAGAAACUCAGGAGUCGAAGACAUGAAUCUUUUUCGAGUUAUGAAAAGAUAUUCGAGAAUAAGAAAAGGAGGCCUAAAAAAUGCUACUGAUAAGGGUUUGUGGAUUGCUUGCUCAUUAUCUGGUAGUCUUAGGAUGGAGGUGAUUCUAAAAUACUGUUGUACCAAUGCUGAACUUGAAAAAUUUAUUCAGAAACAAUGUAGUCAGUACGAUGUUGGAACAGUAUUAAAGAAAUUAAAAUUUUAUUUAUUGCAGACUAA